GAAGUAUGUAAAUUAUAAUAAAUUACAGAGUAAUAAUAAUAUCAUGACACUGAUAACGGAUUGUCAGUUGAUAAUGGUUCCUGCCGCCAUUUAUAACUCAAAAGUCAAAACUCGUAAAGUCUUAACUCUUAAGCAUAACGUGAAUACAUGAUUAAUAUGAUCGCUAUGAUCUCAAGUCACAACACAACGGACUAGCAUACGUAUUAUUUUCAUAUAAAAUACUGUGUUAGCGUGUGAAAUGUGAAUAAGUGAUCACAACUGAUGAUAUCCCCGCGUGGGAAAUUUUAAUUAUAUUAUUGUAUACGAUUGAUAAAAGAUAAUUUCAUAAAAAAUAAACGUGCCGGUGUGUGCUAAGUACUUGGCGUUGGAACUUACCUACUUUCUACUUUCUAGACUUCUAGUACGAUAUACAGAUGGCAAUAUAGCUUUAGCUUCUCGUGGUUCGUGUACAUUUGUAUAAAUCAUCGACUUAUUCAACUUAUUUUAUAAUAGAUAGUCGGGUCUAUUUUUUCCUUGAACUCCCGCUUAACUGGUCGUCCGGUGUACAUCACACGAGCUGAUACUCGGGUACAGAGGCACAAUGAUAUCGUUAUUAAAUAAGCGGCUAAGGGAUCGAACGCUGUCGGCCAUAGAUCUCUACGGCAAAACGUUGAGUGAUAUUGAAAAUAAGUCUAAUCUUAAUGCGUUUGUGCAUGUCUUACGAGAUGGAGACCAGCGAGCAGUGGACAGUCAUAAACGGUUGCAGAAUGGUACACAGAGACCACUGGAAGGGAUUCCGAUUGCAGUCAAAGACAAUUUCUGUACUAAAGGUGUACCCACAACAUGUGCAUCAAAAAUGUUACAGAACUUUGUACCCACAUAUGAUGCUACAGUAGUAGAGCGUUUAAAAGCUGCUGGUGCUAUAAUUAUCGGCAAAACAAACUUAGAUGAAUUUGCCAUGGGUUCUGGCACUGUAGAUUCAAUUUUUGGGCCUACUAAAAAUGUGUGGUGUUCAAACCCCAAUCAAUGGCACAUCGCAGGUGGAAGUUCUGGUGGCAGUUGUGUAGCAGUGGCUUCUGGAAUGUGUGUUGCUGCUUUAGGAUCAGAUACUGGUGGAUCAAUAAGAAAUCCUGCUUCGUAUUGUGGUGUAGUUGGUUUUAAGCCUACUUAUGGCUUGUUAUCACGCUAUGGCUUGAUACCCCUAGUAAAUUCAAUGGAUGUACCUGGAAUUAUUGCUAAGACUGUUGAAGAUGUCGUUACCGUGCUGAGUGUGAUGAUUGGACCAGAUGAAAACGAUUCAACAUGUGUAGACACAAAUUUAGAUACAAAUUCAUUUCAAACUGACUUUUCAAUAGACAAGUGUCGCAUUGGUAUUCCUGAAGAAUACAAUUGUGAGGGUUUGUCAGAUGAAGUAAAAGAAACGUGGGAUUUUGUUGCAAACCUUAUCAACGAUUUUAAAGGCACAGUAAAGAAGGUAUCAAUGCCUCAUACCAGUGUUUCAAUAGCUACAUAUUCAGUAUUGAAUGCUUGUGAAGUAGCAAGCAAUAUGUCACGAUACACAGGACUUUUCUAUGGUUAUCGAUCAAAAAAUGAUCAUAAAUCUUUUGAUUCAUUAAUCACUACUAGUCGAAUGGAAGCUUUAGGUGAAGUCGUUAGGUCUCGAAUAUUAAGUGGAAAUUUUUUUCUUUUGCGAAGUAAUUAUGAAAAGUAUUUCAUGCAAUCAUUAAAAGUAAGGCGAUUGAUAUCAGAAGAUUUCAAAAAUGUAUGGAAAUCUAACUAUGACUUUUUAGUUACACCUACUACAUUAACUACGGCUCCAUUACUAUCUGAAUUUAAGUCUUUAGAUAACCGUACACAAUGUGCAACACAAGACUAUUGUACCCAACCAGCUAAUAUGACUGGUUGCCCGGCUAUCACUUUACCAGUAAAAUUAUCAAAUAAUAAGAUGCCAAUCAGCAUACAAAUAAUGGCUUCAAAUUUUGAUGACAUAAGAUUGUUGCAAUUUGCUAAUUGGUUAGAAAAAAAACUACAAUUUUCACAAAUUCAUCUAUAAAUGUAUAGUGUAUAUUAAUUAUAAAUUAUAAAUAUAUAGAAUUAUGUAAACAAUGGAAAAAAUGGUAUGUAUUUUUUAAAACAGCUUAUACCUGAAAGAUUUAGAUAAAAAUAUUGGAGUAUAUGUUAUUUUAAUAAUGACCAUUUCAAUUGUUCUUUUGCCGACUGGAAAACCUAAAAAAAAAUGUACAUAUGUAAACAUGUUAAUAUUAUAUGAUUGGAGUCCUAGUAAUAAAAUAGAUAACUAACUUGUGC